GAUCGCAUGGUCGACUAUGUCCCUCGCUACCCUCAGCCAACGACACUGGCCAAGCUGAGAACACAGGAUGUGGGCGUACUCUCAGAUGAGAUUGCACGGCUGCGACACUCGAUUGCACACCUCGAGCGCUCUCAGAUCGAUCUCGAGACUCACCUGACUGAGUCCGACGAGGUGGAAGAGCAGGCGGUCUACGAGAGCGCGAUCAAAGAGAACGAGACGACCAUUGCUGCUCAGAACGAGAGGAUCUGGAUGGUCCGACUGGCUAUGCAGAGCAAGCUAGGCUUCGAUCCUGGCGCUAAUCCUCACUACGACAGCGACAUCGUACCGCCGCAGCUGCCGGGCAGUCCAAUUGCAUCGAUGGCGGAGGCACGGAUGAGCGAUGCCACGUCGAGCGGCACGAACGUGUCCGUCUCCACAGCGAGCCACGAUCUCACCAUGCAAGAAGAAGCCAACGAUACUGAAGAUGGUCUCAUGCUCACGCGCGAAUCGGGUACAUGCAAAUCUCGAGCGGACAGCGGACACCAGGAUGCCGACGAUGACAUGCUAGUGACCGCGCGAUUGCACUGCGGUGCUCUCAUGCGACGCCACACCGUACAACCGCUGACAGCUACCCGACAGCGCCGACUUGAGCGAUUAAAGCCUAGAUCUAAAAUGCAGGUGGAGAGUACUCCAUAG